CCUCAACGCUCGUACUCUUUUCUACAUCCUGUCCAAGUUACCAAGCAAUAUUCUAUUGCCCAACAUGCAAGCCAACCUGUUCAAACUCCUCGCUAUCGCUGCCGCGUUUUCGGCUGUGCACUCUGCCCCGGUAGAGACUGCCGAGGUCACCAAGGCACAGGUCAACGGAACGCAGGUCAACGGACUUCAGAUCAACGGAACUCAGAUCAAUGACAGUUUCAGGGUUGCUGGGUCGAGAAAACCUGCUAUAAGAGGGACCUCCCUCAUAUCAGCGAAAGAGGAAAGGAGGGAGAUAUUUUCGAGCGGUCUUGCAGGGGCCAAACCUGCUGGCACCACGAUCAGUGCAUUGCUUGGGGAUGUAGGGAGUGCAAUCUGCACUUUGACGCCUGCGGCAACUCAUGGACUGCUUGCUGGUAGCGUAGAGGUAUAGUUGAAGGAUUCGUUACUACCGUACGGGGAAUCUGCGCCAUUCGACAUUGGACGUUAGGUCCAAGAAUAAAUGUAAACAUCACAUUGGAUUAGGGCCCCUUCCUAGACCUGGAAAUACCGUAGUAGGAAAAUCUGUUUCUAGACAUGCGUUGUAGGUACGGAUGUGCCAAACGACAGUGCAAGACUCUGCGACGGGAACACCAGGCUGCAACGUAUAGACAGGGCAUGAAAGCGCACAGGGCAAGAUGGAGCAAGCAGAGAGCAUGGUAUUGAGCUGGCAUACACUUUGGAGCAAGAAGUUGGUAAAAGAUACGUCCAAACCAUCGUCUCGCCAUCACCAU